UGAUCGAUCCCGUCACCAGGAGGAACCCUAAAUCCCUCUCUCUCUCUCCCGCCAUAGUGAUUCAACUCCCAAAUCUAUAAAAACCCAAAACCCAGCCAAACUGUAAGGCGGAAGAUUUUUCCCGUUGACCUGUCGGAUUACGGCGGAUGAGGAGAUGGACUCGAUUAUAUCUUCGGCACUGGAAGAAAUAUGCUGCCAGGGAAGCACAGGGAUCUCUCUCUCGUCGUUGUGGCUUUGUCUCUCUCCUCCUCUCUUACCGUCCGCAAAGGCUUGCGUCUGGGCAAAUCUUCUGGCUGUCCCUCAGCUCCAGUUCAAGGCGAAGAACACCGUGUACGGACCGUCCGAUGCUUCAAUUCAGCGGCUUGAAGAUGCGGAGGAGCUCGAUCUGAGGAUCGUCGCCGGUGAGAAGCUCCGGGAUAACUUCGUUGGCCUGUACGAGAACACGAACAUCUCCACUGUUCAGCGUCGCGUUCUUGAGCGGUUGGCUAUUGCCAGAACCAAUGGCGUUGCACAAAAUCAACUUGCUAAAGAGUUUGGGGUAGAAGGGAGGAACUUCUUCUACAUUAUGAAACACCUCGAGUCCCGACGGUUAAUCGUGAGACAGCCAGCAAUUGUGAGGACAAAGGAACUUGAUGGCGAAGGAGAGUCGAAAACCACCUCAUGCAUUAGUACCAAUAUGAUAUAUUUGAGUCGUUACGCCAAGCCUUUGGGUACACAGCAAAGAUUCGAAAUCUGUAGAGAUGAUUUUUCUAUGGAGACACCGAUGAAGGAGAAUGAAGCUACUGUUACAGGAGAUGAUCAAAUGUCUGAAAUUCCUAGAGAGGAUAUGCUCAUAAAAGAUUUCCUACCAGCGAUGGAAGCUGUUUGUAAUAAACUUGAGGAAGCUAAGGGGAAGGUUCUAGUGAUCUCAGACAUUAAGCAUGACCUUGGGUAUUCGGGGUCGUGUUCAAAGCAUAGAGCUUGGAGAAGUGUUUGUCGCCGGUUGAAAGAUUCUCAUAUACUGGAGGAGUUUGAAGCUGUGGUGAAUAAUAAGGUCGAGCGAUGCCUCCGGCUGUUAAAAAAGUUUUCAGCUAAAGAUUUUGAGUCUAAAUGUGUUGCUUAUGGUAACUAUUCUGAGAAAAAGCAACUCAAGUUUGGGAGGAGUAUCCAGAAAACUGACCAAGUUGUGGAGCUUCCUCUAGAUUAUCAAAUUUAUGAUAUGGUUGAUGCUGAAGGUUCUAAAGGCAUGGCUGUCAUGGAUGUGUGUGAGAGACUUGGAAUGGAUAAAAAGAAGAGCUAUCCUCGGUUUUAUAGCAUGUUUUCCAGAGCCGGGAUGCAUCUGCAGGUAGAAAGCCACAAAAAAACGACGGUGUUUCGAGCUUGGACUCCUCGCAAUGUUGAUCCUGCAUCUUCUGAACUGUUACAUAAUAGCCCAGAAAAUCUCAGCAGGGAGAAGAAAUUACCAUUCCUCGAAUUUGGCACGCCUCGUGUUGAUGCUGGGUUGGAUCUAACCCCAAAGGACUAUGGUCAUUCAGCUGGGGAUGGUGACCUCACUGCACCUACAAAGUUGAUUGAUUCUGAAAGUAAUUCAGGAGGUCCCAAUGGUUCCCCACUAGAUGCUACAACAGGAAACAUGCUCACUUGCCAUGCAAACAUGGAAGAACCACUCCAUGAGAUAGGUGAUAAGGUCUUCGAUGCUGAAAUUGAUGCUCCAGACUUAGUGCCAUCAGAAAUUAAUUGUCUUGUUCCAGUGAAGUCACCCAAAUCUAAAGUGCAUCAAGCUCAUCCAGUUACUGUGGAUAAUGCUCGAAGAGAGCGGAGAAUACUUGAGCGCUUACAAGAAGAGAAAUUCAUUCUGAGAGCAGAGCUGCAUAAGUGGCUUCUGAAUUUUGAAAAGGACAAGUGCUCAAAAGUGGACAGGAAAACCAUUGACAGAAUCUUAGCUAAGCUUCAACAAAUAGGGCAUUGCAAGUGCAUGGCCAUUAAUGUCCCAAAUGUUACUAACUGUGGUCAUAACCGCAGAUCUAUGGUAGUUUUGCAUCCAUCUCUUCAAAGUUUGACUCCAGACGUCAUUGGUGAAAUUCAUGAUAGGAUUAGGUCUUUUGAAAUGGAACUUCGUGGCCAGAGCUUAACUAAGGGGAAGGGCAACAAGUCAGUUCCCAUACUGAACGAUGUCCAGAGACGUCAGACUAAUGUUGAUUUGGAUUCAAGGGCUAGCAAAUCUGAAGCUAUGCGUGCCAAUGGUUUUGUUCUUGCAAAGAUGGUCCGCGUAAAGCUGCUACACUGCUUCCUUUGGGACUACUUUAGUUCUUUACCUGGCUGGGAAAAUGCUUUGUCAUCUAUAAAUGAUCAAAAGUUUCGCAAUAUGUUUGCACUUGAAGAUGCCUUUGGGGCCAUGCCGCUUGAACUAUUCUUACAGGUUGUCGGAUCUACUCAGAGAUCCGAUGACAUGAUUAAGAAAUGCAAACAGGCUUUGCGUCUUUCUGACCUUCCAAACGAAGAGUAUAAGCUUUUGAUGGAUACUCUUGCAACUGGGAGGCUGUCGAAGUUGAUUGACAUUUUACGCCGGCUGAAGUUGAUUCGGCUUGUAAGUAGUGGGCACAGAAGCAAUGAAGUCGAGGAGAAAUGUGCCAACUUGACACACACAAUGGAGCUUAAGCCUUAUAUAGAAGAACCCAUUUUUGUUUCCGCUACAUCUAAUGUCAUAUCUCUUGAUCUCCGUCCUCGUAUACGACAUGAUUUUGUUUUGUCGAGUAGGGAAGCCGUUGAUGAGUAUUGGCUAACUUUAGAAUAUUGUUAUGCUGCCGCUGAUCAUAGAGCUGCCGCACAAGCAUUCCCUGGAUCUGUAGUCCAUGAGGUUUUUCUUUUCCGCUCGUGGGCCUCAGUUCGAGUAAUGACAGCAGAUCAGCGUGCUGAACUCAUAAAGCGUAUUGCGAAGGACAAUGCAAAGGACAAACUUUCGUUCAGAGAGUGUGAGAAAAUUGCAAAGGAUCUCAAUCUGACCUUAGAGCAGGUUCUUCGUGUCUAUCAUGACAAGUGUGAAAGACGGUUUAAGCGGCGUAAGGUGAUACUAAGCUCCAAAAAUGAAAAUGCAUUGGUGGAGUAUUGCCCUUCAUCAUCUUCCCACGAAAGAAAGAGAGUCCGUGCCGCAACUCCCAUGAAAGCAGCAGGCGGCGGUGUCAAACAACAAGGUCAUCGGAAGAUUCUCGAUUCUGACACUGUUGAAGACUCAAAUGGAGAUCAGGGUUUUCUAGAUUCAUCGCAAGAGGACAACAUGGAUCAGGAGCUCAAUCAACAGGAAAUUGCAGGGAAGAAAGAACUAACCAAAGAUGAAGAGCAGUGCUCUUCUGUCAUUAAGCGAACUGCAAGUGCAAAGACAUCAGUAACACAGCUGCAAAGAUAUACAUGGACAGAUGAGGCAGACAGGAAAUUGUUGAUGAAAUAUGUUAGACACCGUGCAGUUCUUGGGGCAAGACCUCAUGGGGUAGAUUGGGCUUCAGUUCCGGAAUUACCAGCACCUAUUGCUGCUUGCAAGCGGCGAAUGACAAUAUUGAAAAAGAAUGAAAAUUUCAGAAAAGCCCUCAUGAACCUUUGCAAUCUGCUCAGUGAGCGGUAUGCAAAACACCUAGAGGGGAAACAGAAAAGUUUGCCCAGUAGCAAUCAUCCGCGUGUUCUUCUUAGGUGUUCAUGCGAGGACAAGAACGGAAACCAUAUUGGUUGUGUUGCAAACUGUAAGGAUUCUGGAUGUGAUGGAGAGAGGUGGGAUGAUUUCAAUGAAACGAGUGUAAGGCAAGCAUUUGAUGAUGUGCUUGAGCUAAAAAAAAUGGCAAAACUGGUGGCCUCUAGACAAAUCAGGCCUGGCUCUCGGGAAUGGUCCAACAGAGAUAUAACGGAUGAAAAACAUGAUGGUGGAAUGGUUUCUCCAGCGACUCACUCAAAGGACACUCAGAAUGUUGCCGUGGAACAAGUUAAAGAUUCAUCUCAAAGAUCUGGACAUUAUCGUCUUCAUCAAAAUUUUAAACUUUCGAAUGAAGCAGUCAGCUCUGAUAUACAAGUUCAGCGAUCUCUGGCUAUUUCCAGUGCUGUAGAAUUGUUAAAGCUUGUCUUUCUGAGCAUGCGUACCGCACCUGGCAUGCCAAAUUUGCUGGAAGAUACUUUACGGCGAUAUUCAGAGCGAGAUCUCUUUGCAGCCUAUAGCUACCUGCGAGACAAAAAGUACCUGGUUGGUGGAAGUGGUGGACAACCAUUUGUACUUUCUCAGAGUUUCUUGCAUAGUAUUUCAAAGUCCCCAUUCCCAAUUAACACUGGAAAGAGAGCAGCCAAAUUUUCCAAUUGGCUUCUAGAAAAUGAAAGAGAUCUCAUGGCUGGGGGAGUCGAUCUUACUUCAGAUCUGCAGUGUGGUGAUAUUUUUAAUUUCUUUUCCUUGGUUGCUUCUGGGGAACUCUGCAUUUCCGUGUCCUUGCCUGACGAAGGCGUUGGAGAGUGUGAAGAACGGAGAGGUUCAAAACGCGGAACUGAUGGAAGAGAAGAAAUCGGCAGUAAUAGUGCCAAGAAAUUAAAGUUACUAGGUGAAGGUGAAAUCAACUUUCGGAAGGAGAAGGGGUUUCCUGGUAUAAAGGUUUCUGUUCGCCGUACAACAUUUUCUACAAUUGAUGCGAUAGAGUUGUUUAAGGAUGAUGGUUCUCGCAAUGGUGAACUGCAUUCCAAUUUCAACGAGAUGGACAUAGACUGUAAUGUUGAUGAUAUGAAGGAAAUUUUCAACUCCAGUGAUGCAACUCUCAUACCAGAGAAUCUAGGCGCCUCGCCAUGGCAAGCAAUGGACAGGUUUGCUAAUUGUGUGAUGGCCAAAUCAACAGACGAGGAAGUUAGUUUAUUCAAUCCCGAGAUUUUUGAGACGGUUUCCAACAUGCUUCAGAAGGCUGGUGAUCAAGGUUUGAGCCUUAGAGAAGUUCACAGCCUUAUUGAUAUUCCUGAGAAGACGAGCGAAUGCAUUGUAGAUGUACUUCUGACGUUUGGGCUAGCUUUGAAGGUAAAUGGAUAUGACUGUGUCCGUGUUGUUGACUCUUUGUACCGGUCCAAGUACUUCUUGACAACAGAAGGUGGGAAUUUCCACAAACGUCUUCAGCAGCCUAUAUCGGUGAAGUUCCUGGAGAAAGAUUGUGGGGAAAUUAGGGCAAGUAAUGUCACUAGUGGCUGCAGUAAUUCACAAGAUGAGCACGUUAUUACCAACAACGUCCACCAGGUUACGAUUCUUAAUCUUCCUGAAGUGUCCCGAGCGAGUGGUCUUGACAAAGAAUCUGCCUCAGAUCCAGCUGUCUCUUCCGGAACAAACAUUGACACUGAAGUGAGGGAAUUCUCUUCUGGGGAGUUAUGCAUGCCCAUAGUUCCAUGGAUAAAUGCUGAUGGAUCCAUAAAUAAGGUCGUCUUUAGUGGACUUGUACGCCGUGUACUUGGUACCGUGAUGCAAAAUCCCGGUAUAACAGAGGACGAGAUCAUAUACCGGAUGGACGUCCUGAAUCCCCAGAACUGCAAGAAGCUGCUGGAGUUGAUGAAGCUGGACGGGCAUAUCAAGGUUAGAGAAAUGCUCCAAACGAAAUACACCGGACCUCCGUCUCUAUUGGCGAGUCUUCUCCCGAGCCGUCCCCCCGAGAAACAGAAGCUCAUUCGCCAGAAACACUUCUUCGCCAACCCUAAUAGCCUUGGGGCAUUGUAAUAGG